AUGAAGAUGCCAAACUUCAAAGAAAAAUGGGAGACAUUUUCCAACAAGACAAUGUUCAGUUCUGAGCUUCCUGAAGCUCCCUGCUGCAGCUACCAUUCCAAGGUGGAGCUGGAGGCACUGACUUAUCCCUGUUGCCACCUGCUUUGUCCCUGUGGCCACCUGCCAGAGCUUGGUGAACAUGGGAAGAGGAAGUCCUUUAAGUUCCUAGAAAUUUUAGAUGUCGAGAAUAUUUCCUGUGCACAAGACUUGGUAUUACGUAGUUCAUUAGGAUCUGUUGUAGCUGGCCUUGGACAUUUUUUAUUAGAUAGUAGAAUUAAAAGAUUAUGUGGUGUUGGAGUAGGAGGAUUUAUCUUGGUGACUAUACGAUGCUGGUUCUAUUGUAGGUAUAAUUAUGCAAACCUAAGAAUCCAGAAAAGAAUCGCCAGAGAAGGAAUUAAAAGUAAGAUUUUAUGUGAAAGUACCCACCUUGGUCCUAAAAGAAAGCAAACCAACGGCCACAACAGCAAUUGAGUGGAGUUUUGAGCAUAGAAACCCAAAUACACUCACUGAAGUCAGUGUGAACAAAGUAGAGAUCAACUAUGUGAAACAUCAUAUGUACCAUAAGAAUGCGUUCAAUCAAGUAAAUGAAGUAUAUGUAUGUUGUAAAAAAAAGAAAGAAAGGAAGGAAGGAAGAAAUAUAAAUAAGGGUCUUUCCCAGAUGACUGCAAGGAAGCGUGAAGAAAAUAUUAUUUCCACAUGGAAAUAUCACUGGUAGAGGUGUGUGUGUGUGUGUGUGUGUGUAAAUAUUUUUUUUAAAAAACAGCAAUUUGUUUAUCACUCAUUUGUUGGUGGAAGUUUUGGUUGUUUCCAACUUUAGGCUAUUAUGAGUAACUAGAGGCUCAGUGUACGAAAUUGUGCAUGGGUAGGGUCCAGCCAGCUCGGCCCCAAUCAGGGCGGAUCGGGGCUGGGCCUGGCGGGAGGAGGAGAUGGCGGGAGGUUGGCCGUCCAGCCUGCCCAGAUCAGGGCUCUGAUCAGGGCCUCCAUCAGGGGCAGGCCGGCUGGGAGAAGGGGCUGUAGGU